CACAGGACUUAGCUAAGCAUCAUCUCUUUCGUGCGAGCGCGGAACGUCAGGUAUCUUGUCUUUCCUGAACUGUCGUGUUUUAACGCAGUUGCUCAGAAACCCUUGACGUAUCUAACUAUGCCGGAACACAGUGGUUCAACCCAGGGUGUAAAACGAUCUACAUCAGACGUGGAGGCUGUCCCUUCAAACUCUAAAAGACUCAGAGUCGAUCGGUCUCCAGAAACGAGCACGAGACGGGACACAAAGAAACGUAAGAAGAGGAGAAAGAAAGAACCUGUGGUUAUCAGACUGGAUCAUCAUCAUAUGCAGAGCAACUCAUCUCAGCCUCACCGGCCGCCAGUGUCGUGCAAUGAAAUCAUUCGAUUUACGUCCACUUCACCGUCAGGGAGCAAAAGCAGGGUUCUAUCAGACCCUCUUCGUCACGAGAGUGAUAACGAGAAGAAUCCUGAAGUGAAAUUAGAAUCGACUGCCCCAAAAGGAAGCGCUUCAUCUGAAACCACUAAUCUCAGUGAUACGAAACAGUCCUCACAUGUCAACUCGCAACGCCCCCCAGAUUUGACUCCUGAAGAUAGGAUUUCGCAACUGACAAAGGAAUUGACGGAGAAGGGCGAGCUUCUGGCUGCACAUCAAAGUGUUCUCAACAACGUUUGCCAAACUCUGACGUGUCAGAUAUGCCUCGACGUGAUGUACAAGCCUUAUGCACUCGCUCCUUGUGGUCACGUGGCUUGCUAUGACUGCCUUGUUCAAUGGUUUAACGCUCCGCCUGCUGAUAAUAGACCUGCCCCACCAGCCAUUGUACGGAAAAAGACGUGUCCACAUUGCCGAGCGGUCGUGCGAGAUCGUCCCGCAGAGAUAUGGACUAUCAAGAAUCUAGCCCACCUCGUAGGGAAGAGCGGCCUUACCAACGUGCCUCAGCAUCUCGAGGCGCAAGCUAAUGUUGAUCGGCCCGCGGACACAGAUCCUUGGGACGGCAUCUUCCGGAAAUCAGUUCAUAAUCUCCUUCCUUGGUUUCUUGCAGACGAGGCAGAUGCCGAGCCCCGUCGUGGGGAAGACGUCGGAAUGCUUGAUACGGAGGAUGGAGGGAUAUACCGGUGUCUGGACUGCAUGCAUGAGAUUUGGGAUGGCGUGUGUACGUCAUGCGGUAGACGGUAUCUAGGCCACCAAGGAGUGGAAGAUUGGUCAGAUGAUGAACUCGGUUUGGACAUUGGCGCAGGAGUGGAAGAGUUUGACCCUGAAGAUGAUCCAGGCUGGAUGGGUCUGGAAGAAGGCGAGGGGGAUGACGAAGAUGAUGGUUUAGCGUUUGGCGAUUCGUACCCGGGUUGGCCAGUGUUCCGUUGGCGCUUUGGCUUUGAUGAAGAGGACGAGGACGAAGACGAUGACGAUGAAGGAGAUGACGAGGCCGCUUAUGAGAGCGAUUUCAUCGAUGACGAACACGACACUGGACUUCCUCCGAGCCCGAUACAACAGCUGGCGCAUAUACAUGAGCUCACCGAUGACAGCGAUAAUGAAGACCACGGUUCGCACGUAGAUGCUGAUCUUCUCUCUGAGGAAGAUGAACCAUCACUUGCGAGUAGAUUGGGCCGAAUUGCACCUAUUGUAGUUUCCUCUGACGAAGACGAGGUCGAUAGCGUUUUUGCUCUCCGUCCCUCGCGUUCGAGACGGGGACGCCUUGUUGAGUCUGAUGAUGAGGUUGAGGUCAUGGGUUCAUCGGACGGCAGUAGCCAGUGAGCAUGAAUUAAUAUUUUCCCUACAUAGAAAGCAUCGUCCUUUGAUCGUCCUGGCAUGUGAUUUUCUAGUGAGACAAACGAUCGCCAGUGAUUUUUUUUCGCGACAUAUGCUGACCUGUU